ACUGACACAACGGUUAGGCGCUUAACAACUUCGGGUUCCGUGUCUAGUCAGGUAGUUGGUGACGGAUCUCAUUUUAGUCAGUGACUGGUUUUACUGACCGAACGCGUGAUCCUAUGUCGGAUGGCAGCACUGCCCUCGCCGGUUCGAUGGGUCAUCGAUAAGUUUUGCUUAGACAAACGUCAAGUGACCAUUGACGCGAGCGGAUGGGAAUUUUGCGCCAUUGAUGUUACCCUGCAAAGGAUCUACGCAAAUGAAAAACGUCGAAACAUCGAACUAACGGACAUUGAAAAUUUCAUGGGACCACCAGGUCGCCACAGGAUAGCACGGACUAGUUUUAGUCUAGCCUCGGAUACGUCAGAAUGAGAACGUUCCUUAGGUAAACCUGGAUGAUAGUUUGUUCUAUGGAGCCGAACAAGAAACUGUUUUUAUCAAUCACUGGAAUUGUAUGCAGGUACUUGUAAAGUGGGAAAUAAAUAAAAAGCAGACGCUACCCAAAAGCGGUGGAUUGAGUGACGGUGCGCCUAACGCUCAGGUAGGGGCGUGCGAAGGACUAACUACUGGCAAGUUCCCAGAAGUGUUUAUUACUUAGGUAGUAGCAAAUGGACAAGUGGAGGUUUUGAAGAUGAAAAGGUACGCGGAUGUCAGCACAGUGGAUAUAUUCAACCUUUUGGAGACCGGUCUGUAAUUUAAACGGAGAGAAUGUGGCUCCAUCCGUGUUUGUGGCUUGAAUUUAUCUACUUCCUCGCGCAUUCACCACUUUUUGCUAACGGCCAACAUAGUUGUUUUGGAGGCAUCGAGAGUUUUGAGAAGACGACUGGCGUCGGUUAUGGAGGUCAGGUUGUGGGUACCACCAUACUCCAGCAGCAGGACUCGGCCUUGACGCGGGACUGCGUCAAUCUAUGCAAGCAACAGUCACAAUGUAACUCAUUUACUUUAAAUUAUGUUGGCUACAAGUGCACAUCGUUUCAAGUCACCUCACAGGGCCGUCGAGAGCUGUUGGUCGACAAUCCUUCGCUGAACUACUUCGAGAAGAUCUGUUUUCGCGGCGUGCAGAAAAAUACGUUCGAUGCGCUCUGCGGCGACCGCCUAUGGGCGUUCGAACGUGUCAAGGAGUCAUACCUCGAGGGUUUCAUUGACAGGGAGGAGAGCAACGUCAAAGAUAAGGAAGAAUGCGCCAAGAUGUGUUUACUUGAAGAUAACUUUCCCUGCCGAUCAGCUGACUUCGACGAAGUUCAAAAACUCUGCAAACUAAGCCGAGAAGAUCGGCGCUCUCAGCCUCAGGCCUUCCGACAGGUACCCGGUUCGUCCAGGGACUACCUUGAAAAUCAGUGCUCAGCUACAGCUCCGACAUCGUGCCGAUAUGAGACCCGUGUUGGUGUAGGAGUCGUAUCGAUGGACCUGUUGCAGUUCGCGCAAGCCGUCGAUGAUUGCCAGGGCCAAUGCGACCGCGAAACAACGUUUAACUGUAGAGCCUAUUCCUAUAUGGAAAAUCGAUGUUAUCUAUCCGGGGACGAUACGGUCUCGCUUAGUCAGAGUGGACUUCCACCGCUUACCAAUGCCGCUUACGGAGAGAAAAAAUGCAUUACAGAGCAAUGCACGCUGGGCGUGUUCACGUAUGAGAAGAUUACUGGCUUUGUAAUGCGUUCAGCUGCUAGAACUGCUAUCCAGCUGUCGAGUCCCGGUGCAUUGGGAAACACCCUCGAGUGUCGACAGUUUUGUCAGAGCUCCGGCCUUGACUGUCCAGCAUUUAGCGUCAACUACCAGAACAUGCGAUGCGACAAACUCGAUCGUAACUCGCAGGGUCGAACGCAGGAACUGAGCCCUCGGGCGGGCGAAAACUAUUUCGAGAAAAUUUGCCUACGAGGCAACUUUGCCACGGCGUGCCAAGGAAAAGCGUGGGCCUUUGAGCGCGUGCUGGGCAUGGAGCUAGUGCCAACGCUUUAUGAGAAAAGUUUUUCACAUGUACUCAGCAGACGCGACUGUGAGGAACAUUGCCUAAAUGAGCAGGCGUUUAAUUGUCGAUCAGCCGUAUACUUCGACGAUACGGCUGAGUGUCGUCUGAGCAGACACGAUCGUCGGACACAACCCGAUGGCGUCAUCAAGACGAGCAAUCCGCGCAUUAAUUACUUGGAGAAUCAAUGUAUUGAAGAAACGCCGACGUGUCCCUAUGAAAAAACGGCGGACGCGUAUCCAAUUUAUACUGAUGUAGUGGCGACGACUGGUAUCGUUUCCGAACAGGCGUGCGAGUCGUUCUGUACAACGUAUCCUAAUUUCCAUUGUCGAAGCUACGCCUAUUACCCUUCUAAUGGACAGUGCUUUAUCUCUGGCGAUGACCGCGCCUCAGCGGGACCCGGAAGCACAAAUUCUCGCCCAGGCAUCCUUUUCUAUGAGAGAGCAUGCAAAGACAAUGCAGCACAGACCGUGUCAACGGGAUCUCCUCUUUCCACUGAUACCGGAUUAAACACGAUUCCACCCGGAGUAGCAACCCGAGGCCCACCACCGCUACCUAGCCCGUCCCCAUCUGUAUCCACUCUCUACCCACCUCUAGUCCAGUCGUGCCUAGCUGGCGAAAAAAUGACAUUUGCACGUGUCUCGGGUUACGAAUCCGCGGCUCGUCCUGGCGCUAUUUUGCUAACUUCGCCGUCAGACGGUAUGACCAAGGACUGCUUACUUAAGUGCCAGCAACGAGAGGAUUGUCGAAGUUUUACGAUUGAUUAUAAACGUCACGAGUGUUUCAUCUCGGGCUACUAUAGGGCUACAACACCGGCGCAUUUACGGCCGGCUCCCGCCAAAUCAUAUUUCGAAGGAAUCUGCGUCAGAGCUAAUGUGCCUUGUGGUGGCCGAUUAUGGGCGACGGAACGGUUGGUCGACCAGGAAUUGGCGGGAACUUAUCCCCGUGAUGUGACCCGCUAUAUUUCAAUGCAUGAUUGCGAGCGACGCUGCGUCGAGGAACGAACAUUCAUUUGCAAAGCGGCCGUUUUCGACGUCAAUCUACAAGAAUGUAAACUGUUCGCCGAAGACCGGUCCCAUCGUGCCGCUAGACUCACCUACGGCCGCGGAAUGUACUACAUCGAGAAUCAAUGUGCUAUCUUGACGGCACCCUGCAAAUAUACGGCGAUCGAACGCGACGUUUACAUGACCCACAUCACCCGCAUAGUGCACGGUGUUACUUCAACGUUCCACUGCGAACUAGAGUGUAACCGCGAAUCAGACUUUAAUUGCAGAAGUUACACUUACGUCGAAAAUGGAAGUCUCGGCCCUCCACAGUGUCUACUUAGUGCAGACAAUCGUCAGGCUGUUUCACCCGGUAUCCUCGAGUAUCGCUCACGUUCGUUAUACGCCGAAAAGGAUUGUCGGGAGAGCAGUGUGACUACUUUAUCGUCUGAUAACUAUAAUGGACGAACUACCCAGGACAAGCACCGCGGGAGUUUACCAGGGAGCCAUCCGAGUGGCUCAACGCCAUCACCACGUCAACCGUCGCCCGCUAAUCAGGUCCACACCGGCUUUCCCAGCAGCGACUCACCGACGUUCUGCUCGUUCGACCAGUACACGUAUGAGAAGACUAUUGGAUAUAAUUUACGGUUUGCGCCCCGGGAUCGCAUUCCGACACGUGCCACAGUUGGUGUUGUGAGUGACGCCUAUGCCGAAUGCCAAAGGCUGGGUGACCGAUGCAGAUCAUUCGUUGUCGAAUACGGUGAUUUCCAGGUCGCCUCAUGGCUGCCUUUGGCUGCGGAAGACAACAGAAAUGCCUUGUCGGUCCAAACAAACGCAGCCUAUUUCGAGAAAGUCUGCUUCCUAGAGCGACACUGCCAUAAGUUGUGGACGUUCGAAAGGAUGAUGAAUUUCGAGAUGAGAACCACACCCGAACGGGAACUGUCUGGCAUAAGACGCCGAGCCGAGUGUGAAGAUUAUUGCCUUCGGGAACGAGCCUUCAUCUGUAAAUCUGCCACGUAUCAACAAAGUCGGCAACUCUGUUUGCUCUACUCAGAGACACGACGUUCGAAGGCAAACUCUGUGCAGAGGACUAAUGAAGACAUAGACUAUUUGGAAAAUAUGUGCGCUCCAGAGUCGGCUUCGACCUGCGUCUACCAGGACACAUUAGGUCGCUUUCUACCUGUCAUCGAUCGGCUAACUCAUGCGUUUACAAUUCAAGAAUGCCAGCGCCUAUGCGACCUAGAGCGUCGUUUUCCUUGUCGCUCUAUUAACUACGAAAGCGUACACCACGAUUGUGCUCUCAGCUCGGAGGACCUUGCCAGCUACCCGCUAGGAAAUGGAGGACUAAUCUAUAGACGAUUCUCUAUAUUCAGCGAAAAGGGUUCCUGUGAACAAGUGAGCGUUCAGUGCAAUCAACAGGACAUGGUGCUGACUCUUAACUUCGACAUGCCGUUCCACGGCCGAAUUUAUUCGCGAAACAAUCCAAAUCAAUGUUAUGUAAUGGGCAAUGGCCAAACACAGAUGCAGUAUAUUAUCUCGCUGGGAACUCGGUGCGGUACUACCACCGAAGGCCCGGGCAAAUACGUUAACGAGGUUAUGGUCCAACAGCACCCAGUUAUUAUGACCGACACGGACAGAAACAUUCGGGUCGUAUGCUCGUUUGAAGCCAGCGAUAAGACCGUCACGUUGGCAUCGACUCUCGCUAGAAACAGCAUCGCAGGGCCAUUUGGAGGCGCCUCCGGGCUUGAUGUGACAACGGGCCAUCGACCUACUUUAUCAUCGAUUGUGGCUAACACUGCGCCUCCACCGACGGUCGGCAUGCGUAUUGUCGAUCACCUCGGCCGUGACGCCAACGCCGUUGGUCUUGGCGACGAGCUGACGCUGAUUAUAGAAAUCCGGGAUCCUGAAUCGGCAUUCGCGAUAUUUGCGCGUAACCUAUACGCGCGCAGCUCCACCGGCGAGUCCCUGUUUUUGAUCGACGAUCGCGGAUGUCCCGUCGAUGCAGCCGUUUUCCCCUCGCUUGAACCGGAAUUCAACAAUAAUAAAGUUCUAAAAUCCACCUUUAAAGCGUUCCGAUUUCCAGCAUCUGGUGUCGUCAAUUUCGAGGUACAAAUCCGCUUCUGUCAGGAACGCUGUGAGCCGGUGCGCUGUCAUAACAGUAAAGAAUCAUAUGGCAGACGUCGGAAGCGUAGCGUGACUCCAAUUACCGGCGAGGCUAAAGUAAACACCACCACGACGACAAUACGUGUUGAAGAAUCAACGACGGCAAAAGGAGAGUCCGUUGCGGAGUACGAAGGGUCCUCUGAAGAGGUCACCGAAGAAGUCAUCAAGCAGGGACGGGCGGUGAUUCCACAGGACACCACCACUGAUUUGUACUCAGCCUCAACUACGGAGCUGCCGACUACUGAGCAAACAUUCGACAUCACCGCAGAAGACAGUAUAACCAAUUCCAAAAAUUCUAAUAUUCAUAUUGAAGACAUGGGCAAUACAAAUGUGACGAGCUCAAUUGAAGACGAACUUAAGAAACCGUAUGGAGGUUACGGAUUGGGCGGAGGAAAAAUUUAUGCUAAAAUUUUUCCUGAAGAUAUCGACGUACAGGUAGCUGCACAAUCGGCUUCAGCAAGGAGCUCUGACGGCGGAACUCACAGGCAGCCAGCCAUCACCGUAGAAAGCCACGUCAACAUGGAACCCCCGCCUAGUCGAACCAGAUCAUUGUUUCUGCCUGUACCUGAGCAGGGCGCAACGUUCGUACAGGAUAACAUACCGCUUCAUCAUUUGCCUCCCAUGAGGGCACGCUACUCGGCUCCCUCUAUUCCCGGUUGGCGCAUGAAUCCGCACGGACCCCAUUACCACCAGGAACUUUCACGUGCCUCUCGCUUUUAUCAGGUGCACUGGCCUGCCAAACAGCCACCGCAGCAAUUUUACUAUCGGGGCAUCAUUCGAGAACUGCCACAUAUCCCCGAGCCUCCACAGCUUCCAAAACUUUUCGUAGCCCCGCGUUUCCCAACGGGGCUUGAUCUUGUAUCAACAACAUACAGUAACGCUAGUGAAAAUCUGAUUGCCGAUUCAUCGGAAACACGUAGUUUCGAAGGCAAAUCCAUCUCCUCAGAAGAAGGGACAACUCACGCUCCUGAGGUACUAAGCAUAGCAAAGUGGAAUCAAGGAGACGCAUUGCACGAAAAAACGCGUAGUGAGGAUUUUGUUGAUGGUAUUCGCGGAAACUCGGUUUCUCAGAAGGAAAGCAGCCUGUUCCAAGACACAGCGAAAGUUGAGGAGUUUCCUUUAUCAAUGGCCAUCGUUGUUAGCGAUGAGUCAAAAACGCCCCAUGACAGGAACUGGGAUCGCGAGACGCCGACAUACAGACCCCCAAGAGCCAGAAAAAAAGAAAAUUCGAAAGUAAUCACAAACGGCCCAAACCAUGCGGCGGGUGCGGUACUCGACGAAGACGCGUUACUAGAGGCCGAAGAGGUCGUGUGCGACACCCACACCACCGUCAUUGUAACAGCCUUUAUUGUAUCUCUUGUACACAUAGCAUUGGCCUGCGCCGGCUAUCUAUUCUGGCGAUGGCACAGAGCAUCGUUCGAGCGAAGUCGAGCCCUCAUCCACAGCCUUCGAAGUUCGGGACAGCCGGGCUUACAUGGCCAACAAAUGUUUCUCGGACCCACUCACCCCAUGAACUAUCAAUACCUGCAGCACUCUUCAUCGUCAAAAGAUGGUCCCUCACGCGAAGUCCAUUCGCUUCGGUCUCCUGUUAUUUAUGGCACGUCCGAAGUCUCUUUCAGACAAGUUUAUGGGGACUUCGAAACUCCGCCGUAAAACACAUGCGCGCUGAAAAAUAUUUAAACAUUUGGGAAGCCGUGGCUUCCGACCGCCAGAGAUAACCUUUAGUAGAAGCUAAUGCGGCCAAUCUUGCUGGAAUAAUUCUGCACACAUUAUUUUGUCAUGUAUUUUUUGUAUAGUUUCUAAAAGCCUAACUAAUUUUACGGUCAUAGGUCGAAAAGCCAAGCUUUCCUGAUAAGCACAUUACGUACACGUAGUUACCAAUAUUUAGAAUCUGCUACUGGUCAUAUAAGCGUGAACCAUUGUACCUAUUAAGAUGGAAUCGUUACUGUGACAGCACUUGUGUGAAGAUAAAAAUAUACUUAAAUGGGUGUUCCGGUUUCGGCGCUAUGGCGCACAAUGUCUUCGAGCGAACGCGGCAUCAUGUUUUGAACGAUAUUUUUUACGCGUAUUUCGAUAAGCGAUGUACAAGCUGAUAAAAACAGCAAAGAAACACAUAACUAGAAACAUUAUUCGAUGACAACGCAGAACGUCAAGGAGAAUGUAAUUAGAAAAAUCAACAGGUUUCAUCAUUAUGCUACUAAAUUUGAAGAAGUAGUUUUUAUUUUUAGGUUCCUUUAAGACUAUUUGCUUGAUAAUAUUGCUUCUAUGUUUUCUUCAUUUUUAUUAUUGUUUUAUAGAGUACGACAUGUUGAAGAUAGGGCAAUAGCAUAUAUUUCAACAUAGAAAUGGGCCUGAUAUACGUGUCUCGUAUAAAGAUAUGCGUUUUUUGUUCUAAUCAAUGUCGUCAUUGCUACUGUUAUCUCUCUAUUCAUGGAAAGUUUCAAUUUUUUUCUCAUCAGAAACCACUGAAGCUCUUCAAGGGUAUCUUCAAAUGGCUAAGGAAUCUAUGUGUAAUUGUGUGUUUCUCUACAAAUUACAUUAAUAGUAAUAAUAAAAUUAACUGUGAUCAUUACUACAGGCAGAUUGUGUGUGAGCAUCAGGACGGGUAAUACUCGCAUCAUUAGUUCUCAUGAAAAUUGAAGGGCAAGUACAAAGGCAAAUAUUCAGUUUUAACUAUGGAUGCCCUUCGUGCGGUUACACUUUUCUAUCCACUCAAAAUAUAUAUAUACCGUGACAAUAGUGAUCAACUUAACGUCCUUCAACUGACGGAGGCAAGUAGAAAAAUCAACCUACUUUUGUCAAAUUUUAUUUACUGUUUAAAUGGCAAGUAAAAUGUUUCAUACGUUUACCCUAAAAAUGUACCAAGUACUUAAUUGAAUUAGUUAUUAUUGUUUUACCAGUUAGUAUCGCUUUUUUACAUAUUCGCUUUUUUUUUUUAGCAAUGUUUUUGGUAGGCUGAAAAAAAUUAUCUGCGUGUUUUUUUUUUCGUAUUUUAUCUUUAACAAGCAAUAAAACAUAUAUUCAUUCCAUAGAGUUACACUGCUUGACUUAUUCAUCUACUGGCGGCUGCUUGCUUAAAUCGAAAGAGCGUCUCAUUUUGCCCGUAAACUUAGGUGAGGUUCCAAGCGAAUCAAUCAAGCACCAACUAACUUCUAUAAAUCUCAUAUCUAAUGUGUUGUGAAAACUUUUCGUCUCGUAGGAUUCCUGUAAAACAAAAAUUGGUACUUUUGUUUUUUAAGAAAGCUUGUUUCAUGCCUACGUGGGAGAAAAACCUUUGAUCGAAACGCGAUCUUAACAAUGGAUGUUUUGUUUGUGUUUGUAUAAACCUGUAAGUGAAUAUCACAAAUGAACGUACGUUACGGUCAAUUACAUUACAGUCAGAUACGUUUGGCCGACGAAAAUGUUAUAACUUCUAACUAAGUUUUCACAUCGAUUCGAGCACAUCAGACAGGCCAUUUCACUUUAAAUCAAUAGAUUUGCCUACAUUUAUAAUGAAGAUAAAAACCAUCAUAAACAAGAUAAAAAUAUCAUAAACACUGUAUAAAAAUAAAUUGCAAGCUAAAAAGGUACCCUCUUAAUUUUAGUGAGCGUUGUACCCUGACGUCUUUGGAGUAGACACUGUAAAAUAAGACGCCUUGAUUUCCGGGAUAUAGCUUUUCAAAGGGCUUUAGAAACACAAACAGGCAAUGUAAAAUGAUAUACUAUGAUUACAUUUCCAGACGUAAACUGUCAAAUAUUCGAGUACGGAUUACGUAUUUAUAAUUUUCCUUGUCUCGUUUAAAAUCAAAUAGGCGCAAUUACCAUUUCACCUAUUACGGCCACAAUAGGAAUUCGAAGCUAUUCUAUAGAGUAAACAGAUGAGAAAAUAAGGUCUCGUUCGUAACUUUCGCCUACUUGGACAUCACCUUAUUAUGUUUUCAGUAAAUAAAAAUUUAUUAAUAAUUAUAGUUAGCUAAGGAUCAUACGGUCAAAGUACGAUCAGAAUUAAACCAACAAUGGGUGACUUUCAAUGCGCUAAUCCUUAUUGGGUUUACAUUGCUACACUUCGUACUAUGUACUAGAUCGUAGUACGAAGUGUAGAACGAGUGGCUAUGUUUGUUGAUUAUCCGGAUUACGUAGCGAUCAAGCCAGCGUUUUGCCUGCCUAAAGCUUUCCUUUGGCAAAGGAAAGCUUUAGGCAGGCUUAUAAGCACAGCAUUAAUCGAGGCGACCAAUACCGUUUUCUAAUAUUUUCCGUAAUACCGAGGUAGACGUAUUAGCGAGGCUGAAGUUUGUGUCUGGACUUGUAUUGUAUGGUUGUCAACUGUUUAAAAAUGUCUGGCCGUUACAUUUUACAGAUAAGUCUAGAAAUCGUUGUUGGAAGUUCCCUCUUUGGGCGAGCUACUCUAUUUAAAUAUGGUCAAAAAUGACCGCGAAUGACUUUAAACGAAACUGGAAAAACUGAAGGAUUCGCUAAAGAUGCUUAUGGUAUACGCAAGCAGAAAUCGUCUUAGGCUAAAGGCAACAGACCAGUGUUUCGUUGCCGGUUUAAAUCAUAUUGUAUAGUACAAAUAAAUAACGUAGAGAAUUAAAAAACAAAGGUACUUUUUAUUUGGACCGUUGGCGUUUCACACAAAGAAGAAAACACAUUUUUACUGAAGGACAUUAGAAAAAAAAUCGAUUUUUAGAACUACUGAAAUGGUCACAGCUGUAUCUGGUAGUAAACCGCUGUCAAAUCGGCGAGUGACCAUUCAUAAAGGCUACUUAUAGAGGAAAGUUACCGUACUCAUUCAAAGAACAAGCACAGUCAAUCAACAAGCAAAAAUAGGCUACACAAAAACUUUGCGAAAUCACUGACAUUGUAGAUUUGCCCGUUAAAAAAUGUAGGUUAGGAUGGGUUUUACUAGACCCAUCUGGACUUUCGCCGACAGACCUAUAAGGAAGCACGGCAACCAUAAAAGCCGUCAUUUUUUCCUUCGAGUAUCUAAUUCCUGGAGAGAAUUUUCUGCCAAAACAGAGAUUUGAAUCAGUGUGGUUGCGUGACCGUUCGUGCCAUGACGACCGGGUCAACGUGUUCAGAGAGGUGUGCAUUAGGUAUUUACGUCACGUUUAUCUUCAAUACUGUAUACCUAUAAUACC